UUGUACUUUAUAACAAAACAAUGAAUGCAACGUCACCAAAAUCACCAUUAUGUAAAUUAGGAUUGUAUCCAAGACCAAAAACCUUAAAAGUUAUGGUACUUGGUCAAGCAGGUGUUGGAAAAUCAGCCAUGGUUGUACGAUUUAUAACAAAACGUUAUAUAGGUGAAUAUGAUCCAAAUUUAGAACGUAUCUAUACAUUUCAUACGGUUAUGGAUAACGAAAUGGUUUAUUUUGAUGUAUUAGACACAGCUGGACAACCACAUGAAACGGAAUGUUUAGCAUUAGAAACAAACAUUAGAUGGGCAGAAGCUUUCAUUUUAAUGUAUUCAGUAACUGAUAAAUGUUCGUUUGACGAAUGUAAUCGGCUGAAAUUUUUAAUCAAUUAUAAUAAAAAACGUCGAAGAUUAGGUUCAAAUACAUUUAAGGAAACUUUAGAUGUUCCAGUUGUAUUAGUUGGUAAUAAAAUUGAUCAAUGGGGUGAACGAAUGGUUUCAUCCGAAGAAGGUCAACGUAGAUCAAAAGAAAUUGGUUGUGUUUGUUUUCAUGAAAUUAGUGUACGCGAAAGUAUUGAACAGGUAUGGAAUGUGUUCAGAGAUGUUUGUCGAUUUUGGCGAGUCCAUAAUAAGUGUCCAAGUAAAUUACGCCGCAGUUCAAGUGAUGUACGAACACCCACAUCUGAAUUACCAUCACCAGCCAACGAAAAUACAAAAUUCUUCACAUCAUCCAAAGAUCUAACAUUAAAUUUAGGUACACGUUGGACAAAUUUAGAUGAAGAUAAUGAUGAAUCCUCAACGAAUCCAAAAACUUCACGGCCAGGUAGUAAAGAUAGCAGCAGUACAGGCUUAGAUAGUGGCACAAGUAGUCCACGCACUGAUUUGGAUUUACAUGAUACUCCAUUUCGUGGUCGUGCAUCUACAGAUGGACAUUUACAUUCACGACCAUGGAAAUGGCGGUAUCCACCCACAUCGAAACCAAGCCCUUCAACAUCAAUGCUAUCUGAAUUACAAACUGUGUAUCCUGCGCAUCAGCAACGACGUAUGAGUAUCUCAAUGCGUGGUAACAAUGCCAGUUACUAAGAAAGUGUACAUUUACGCCAGUAUUCGAUUUUUUGAAAAAUCUGUAUUAUCGAUUAUUCGAUUUAUUGUUGGAUAAUGAUAACUUUAGUUGAUAAAUUUUGAAUACUACCUACGGACUAUCCAUAAAAUACCCACGUUUUAUCGAAAAAGCCACAGCACUACCUUUGGCAGCUAGAUCUAAAACUCACUUCAUUUUCUAUGUCUAUGAUCCUGAACGCUUGGACCUGAGAGUGUAUCAUGACUAUUACAGGAGUUGUCACAGUGCGGAGGAGGAAGAAACGGUGUCUCAUCUUCUCUGUUACUGCCCAGCUCUUGCCAUGAAGACAUGGACUCAUAAAGCAUUCUUACUGUUCUUAAGCACCUCCAAAGGGUUGAUUGAGUAGUGGCCGAGGAUAAGCAUAUCACAACGGGCUAAGUGUGUUCUAUCUCAGGACAGCCACUCUAACCUAACCUAACCUAUGUCU